GCUAUCUCGUUUUGUCUUAUCUGAUUCGAGAAUUAUAUUGUUCGAGUUUAGUCGUGGUUUGGCCUGUGCUGGACCAACUGGUUUUUUUGGGGGGAAUAUUACGUUGAAGAAAAAAAUACGUCAAGAUGUUUGACGUGUUCGGGGAUCUGAAGAAGCAGAUUUCCACGUCGGGGGCGACGAAGGCGAAGGUGUCGUCGAUGGUAUUGCGUUGCAUGAAGCUGUGCAUGCUGAUCACGACGCUGGCCUGCGUCCUGGUGACGGCCAAGAACUACAUCGGCGACAACAUCAAGUGCAUCACGGGAUUCGACAAGCAGGAGCACAAGGCCAUCGAGACGUACUGCUUCAUCGCCUCCACCUUCACCAUCGUCGACCUCGAUGUUCCCACGGCGCAUCCUGGCGUAGGUCCCAACGCGCCGAAAAUCAACGCCCUCGGCGAGAAAGAGGAACCGGACAACAGGCGCCAUGCCUACUACCAGUGGGUGCCCAUGGUGCUCGUUCUGCAGGCGGUCGUCUUCUAUUUACCUCAGUGGCUGUGGAACCGCAUCGACAAAGGGUUCUUUAGGUCGUCUCUCUGCUCCCUGGACAAGAUCCACAUCUCCGAUGUGUCGCAGAAUAUCCAAGUAUCCGCCAACUACUUCCUGGGGUCCAUGGCCACCCACAGGAGCUACGCCACGUCCUUCCUCAUGUGCGAGGCCUUCUCCUUCGCCAUCUCCGUCGGGAACCUCUUCUUCACCAACGCUUUUCUAGGAGGCGAGUUCUUCAGCUUCGGACCGGCCGCUAUUGACUAUCUGAUCAAGCCGGCUUCGGACCCUGACAAUCCACUGAACGAGAUCUUCCCCAAGGUUGCCAAAUGCACGUGGUACAAGUAUGGGGCAUCGGGCACCAUACAGAAGCACGACUCGAUGUGCGUCCUGCCCUUAAACAUCGUGAACGAGAAGACCUACAUCUUCCUCUGGCUCGUAUACAUCCUCACCGCCUUCCUCAUAGGGUUCUUCCUCAUCCUCCACCUCAUCAUGUUCUUAGUUCCCAGUCUACGUAACACCUGGCUGGUCUUCCUAGCGAAGGAGCAUCAGUCUAAAAUAGACCUACAACACGUCCUGCCGAAGUGCAAUUAUGGCGACUGGUUCCUGAUGUACCACUUCAAGAAGAACAUGGCGUACUUCAAGGAGUGGAUCAGCAAAAUCAGAGAGGGCAUCAAUAAAUAGACCGGAUAAAUUUAGUCUACGAAGUCUUGAGAAGGGUGUUGGUCUAUUUUUUUAAGAGGAAUUCUCCCAUGGUAAUGAAAAUAGUUAUAUCAACUAAACAUGUAUGUACUACACUUGCAUGGCAUUGCCCUAAUUUUAUACGUUAAGCUUUUUAGAUUUAGUCAUAUGCGCAGCUUAAGCUCAUUUGCUAUAUAAUAAAUAUAUUUAGUGUUAUGGUUUAAA